CCAAGCAUCAAAACGGCAACAAGAGAAACGCGAGAGAGGAGCAUACAAAAACAACGUCGAAAGUAGGGACGCGAGGAGAGAGGACAAAGGCCGGCUGAACAGCCCUGAAUUGUCACUGCUGUACACAGAGCUCACAGAGAUGGAUAGAAAGGAGAAUAAAGAGCAGAUGGGAAAGGAGUCUUUCACAAUGCCAACCACCUCGGUCGUGGCUGCACCAGCCGACAGCAGUAUCUCAUUUCAAAAAGGAAAUGGACAACAAAUGAGUACCUCAAUCUCAAUGGUAUCCAACCUAAAUAAGAAGAGAGAACGCUCAAGCCCUGUAGACAUCCAUCAUCAUCCGCAUUCAAAAUCUAUGAAAACAAUGUCACUAGGUGAUCAGUUGAGUGGACGAAGAAUGAGCAAGCGAAAACGAGUUAAGGUUGAAUAUAAAGAAAUGGAUGAUAAACUUGCCAAUCUUUCUGAGGAUGAGUACUAUAGUGAAGAAGAAAGGAAUGUCAAAAAGGACAAAACAGGACAAGAUGAUCCUGAAGAAAAAGAGGAAAGUGAAACAGAUGAACCAAAAGGUGGUAAUCCAAUGGCGAUCGUCAGUAAACAAGUUAAUAUGGAGCUAGCUAAGAUAAAACAAAAAUGCCCCCUGUACCAGAGCUCUGGAAACACAGUAAACAAGGACAAAGAUGAAAUGGUGGAGCGUGAGUUCAACAGACUUCUAGAGGCGACUUCCUACAUGUCACAUCAAUUGGAUUUCAACUCCAUCAACACCAAACCCCUUUCACUUGGACAGGCAUUAGAACUUGUCAUUAAAUUACAGGAAAAGCAGGUGAAGGAGAAAAAACUUGAUUUUCAUAAGAACAUUCUGACUAUCCAAGAAGAAAUGAAAGUCAUUCAGGCCAAGAUGUUGACACUGCAAGACAAGAUCAAGAUCUUACAUGACCAACAUAAAGAUGCCUUUGAAAUUAGGUCACCAAGAGAAAUAACAGCAGAAUUCUUAGUGAGAAGUAAGCAUAGAGACCUAAUUCAAGCUUGGAAGGAAUUUGAUGACUUGAAGGAAAAGCAGAAAGAAUUGGAUGAAAAAGUGCAAGCAAUGGAGUCGAACCCUCCCAGUGAUGUUUACUUGUCGUCAAUUGAUCGGCAAAUCUUGGAUUGGCAUUUUGCCAACUUGGAAUUCGCCAAUGCCACCCCACUCUCGACACUGUCACUUAAGCAUUGGGAUCAAGACGAUGACUUUGAAUUUUCUGGCAACCAUUUAACGGUCAGGAAUGGUUACUCAUGUGUCCCUGUAGCACUGGCUGAGACCCUCGACAUCAAACUGAAUACUAUUGUCCGACAUGUUCGCUCCAAUGUAGCUUCAGGUGUUGAGGUGGUCACUAAUACAUCUAAGGGUCAAGGCAGUUACACUUAUAAAGGUGAUGUUGUGCUCUGCACGCUUCCCCUUGGCGUUCUUAAGCAAUCUCCACCAACUGUCCAGUUUGUUCCCCCUCUUCCAGAAUGGAAAACAUCGGCAAUACAAAGGAUGGGAUAUGGAAACUUAAAUAAAGUGGUUCUGUGUUUUGAUAAAAUAUUUUGGGAUCCGUCAGUGAACCUGUUCGGUCACGUUGGCAGUACCACAGCCAGUCGUGGUGAGCUGUUUCUCUUUUGGAACCUCUACAAAGCCCCUGUUUUACUUGCUCUAGUGGCAGGCGAAGCUGCCCAAAUUAUGGAGAAUGUUAGUGAUGAUGUGAUUGUGGGACGAUGUCUUGCCGUCCUGAGGGGUGUAUUUGGGCAAACUGCUGUGCCGCAGCCCAAAGAAACUGUUGUUACGCGAUGGAGAGCUGACCCGUGGUCUCGGGGUUCGUACUCCUAUGUAGCUGCCGGUUCAUCGGGCAGCGACUAUGACUUGAUGGCUACACCGGUGACCCAUGCUCCCGUGGCAGGCUCGCAAACGACUAACUUGCCGAAACUUUUCUUUGCUGGCGAACAUACUAUCAGGAACUACCCAGCCACAGUCCACGGGGCCCUGCUAAGUGGACUACGUGAAGCAGGACGCAUUGCUGAUCAGUUGCUUGGCCCAUCCUAUGCACCCCCACCUGUGUCCAGGCCACCUACCAAAUGAAGAAGUUGCCCAAAUUGAAACUGUAUACUUGUAAACAAUAUGAACGUUAUGAGGUUCAGGAAAUAAUUAUACAAUCCAAGGAUGAAUAUAAUUUUGAUAGCUCUUUGAUCUUUUAUAAAACAUUUAGCAUUUGCCUUUGCAUCCUAUAUAGGGCUUGCAAUCCAAAAACCAGCGUACUGUCACUAAAUAUUAAUCUGAGUAAUUAGCAUAAGAAUGUAGUAGCAUUGUAUAAUUGAGUACAGAGAAGCUGCAAUACUUUUACUCAUGCUUUGGCAACAGUUAGUGCAAUUAAAUGUUCAGAUAAAAAUACUUCUUUAUCUCCUAGUACUGUAUGCAAGAUUUUCCUUUCCCAAACUGGCUAAUAGCUUAGCUAUUCCUAAUCAGUAAACUGGUUAUUCUUACAAACUCACAAAAUUUAUAUCUUAGUACAGUAUGUAAAAUUGUUUCUAAAUAUGGUUAUAUUAUUACUAGACUGGAACGUUACUGUUAACCUAUUAUUAUUAUUAUUAUUAUUAUUAUUAUUAUUAUUAUUAUUAUUAUUAUUAUUAUUAUUAUGUGAGCUAUAUUAUUUGUUACUAGCAGUGGUGGCUCCAGUGUCAGAAAUCUGGGUUGUGUGGAGAGGGGGUGCAAAGUAGGACCUGCACCCUGCAAUUGUCACUUGAUUCUAUCAAGCAUGCUACAAGUGGCAUCAUAAAGGCUUACAAGAAGCGUGUCCAGCUUGCAGUGUCUUAAUGAUAAGAUGGGAAAAUGAACAUAUUUCUGGUACUUAUCGUGAUAAGCUUACUAAAGGCAAAGCGAUUGAUAUGAUUGUGGGAAAAACUGGGGGAAGGGGCCCCUGUAGUGCCGCUAAUGGUUAAAAGUUUAAGUGAUUGGUUUGUAGGUAUCUUUGUCUCAUUAUUUAUUUAUUAAUAUGCGAGCCUGUUUUAUGAUUGGCUACAUGCUAAAUAUGCAACCAAGAAGUAUAUUCGCAUCAGGUUUUUUGGUUGGCAGCAUGGCUAUGCCUAAUUCAAUUGGUUGAUCCCAUAAUUUGCUUAAAUUGUUAUCUAACAGGCCUGUGUCUAACAACAUAACAAGUAUCUGUUAGUGAACUUCAGAGACCAUUUGAUUGGUUGAUAGCGUAACUUGAUAAUGCUAACUGUCCUUAGUCUAACAAAAUAAACAUGCUGUAUUUGUUAGUAUGUUAGCUUGUUUUCUGAGACAAUACGAUUUGUUGAGAGCAUACCUUUGCUUAAUAAAUGGUUGGCUAACUGCCCUUUGUCUAACAACAUAACAUGCUGUUAGUAUGUGAGCUUUUCUUCUGAGGCAGUAUUAUGAUUGGCUGAUAGCAUUACCUCCCUUAAACAAUUGGUUAACUUGCCUGUUGCUAUGUAAAUAUACUAUUUGUCAUAUUCCCAUUUGGAUAAUUAAAAGAUUCAGUAGAAAUUGUAAAUGCA